GAGCCGCCUCCGCGCAAGGGGGCCCGGCCACUCGGAGCUGCUCUGCCGCGGGGACCGCACUGCCCGGCCGCCCGCCCGCCUGCCCGGACCCGCCCCGAUCCGGGAGUCCCUGCCGCCCCUAGCCCGGUCGCUGGCCCGUGCCCGCCGGGCAUGGCUGUGCCCUGGGGCUGAGCUGACAGGCUAAGGAGGUGGGACAGAGAUUCCUGAAGAGAGAGUGAGAGAGUGAAGAGAAAGAGCAAAAGUAGAAGGAGGGGCGGGUUCCUGGCAAGGCUUUUGCUCCAAAAAGUUUCCUGGAAAAGAUGGAGAAGGAGGAAGAACCCACAAGGGAGCUGCUCUUGCCCAACUGGCAGGGCAGUGGUUCCCAUGGCCUGACCAUCGAACAGACAGAUGAUGGUGUCUUUGUGCAGCAAGUUGUGCAGAAUUCCCCUGCGGCACGCACAGGCGUUGUCAAGGAGGGGGACCAGAUUGUGGGGGCCACCAUCUACUUUGACAAUCUGCAGUCGGGUGAGGUGACACAGCUUCUGAAUACCAUGGGACACCACACGGUGGGCCUGAAGCUGCACCGAAAGGGGGAUCGCUCCCCAGAGCCCGGCCAGUCCUGGUCCCAAGACAGCGCCUUUGGACGGUGCUCUGAGGUGGUGCUGACGGGGAAACUGAGGCCCGACGAGGGGAAGUGACUUUGCUGGAGUUCCCCCAGUGGCAGAGCCCAGAUGGAGCCCAACUCACCUGUGCCUCCUUUCCUCAGGUGACAGGCAUUACCAACUGGGAUAAAAUAAUUUAUAAUAAGGUAUUAAAAACCUGAUAUGCCACUCUUCCCAGGGGUAUUCGUGUUUGUGGUGGGGGAAUUCAGGAGGCAAAUGGUGAGAAAUGGGGUUGGUGGCAGGUCUGUGGGGGAGAUCUCUUUGGCCGGAUAUCUUUUGGGCAAGGUUCUUUCCUUUCCUUGUUUCAGAGGGCCAAGUCUAGAGUUGGCAAAGACUUCCUCUUUCUGGCUUCCCCAGAACUUCUGUGAUCUUCUUCUCUACUUCCCUCAAAGUCCAACUCAAAUAACACCUCCUUUAAGAAGCCUUCCUUGAUUGCACGGCCUCUUAACUUCCUUCCAAUGGAACUGGAAAGCUCAUCUAGUCCAACCUCUUCAUUCUACAGAAGGAGAAACUGAGGCAUAGGUGAGGAAUGUGACUUGCUGGAAGUCACCCAGGUAAUGAAAGAGCAGAGCUGGGAUUUGGAUUUGGAUCUUGGACUCCAUGACUGCAAGCCCUCCU